AUGUUCAAACCAGAAGAGCCCUAUGAACCCCCCACAAAUGCCUCGCAGUCAUUAGCCCAUGAUCCUGCUCCUAUUGCCGCCAUCAGCGAUGUAGAUUCCCCUGUCGUUGUUGCCCCUCGUCGUGGUCGUCCACCGGGCAGCAAAAAUCGCAAAAAAACCCUGGAAACCCUGAUUGAUGAAGCUAAUUUGACCGAAGAGUCUGGCGAUUUGUCUUCUCGUAAACAACGUAAGCGCAAAGCCGCAUCCAUUGAACAGUCACAGCAGGUGAUUAUGGAUUUUUCUCUUGCUGACGAGAGUGAAACUCCUAGUAAGCGUGGUCGAGCCGGCCGUGGUCGUGGUUCGACGCGCGGAAAAUCCUCAAAUACCCCCUCUAAUUCAUUGUCUCGCCUGGUUACAAAAGCUGGGAAGUCUGGUCAAGCUGGUACCGAACGUCCCCAGGGAUAUUCUUACUCUGAUCUUUUUGUGGAUGCAGAAAGUGAACAAGGAGAUCAUGCUGAUGACGACCAAGAGGAUGAUAUUGACGAGGAUGUUCGUCGACAAGCUGAGUUGAUGGAGGAAUCAGCUAUUGACGCAGACGAAGAUAGUGAAUAUGAGCCUUCUCUUGACGAAAUAAAGUUUACAACGCCACGCCGAUCUCGAGGUCGCCCUUGUGGUACUAAGGGUAGAUGCAAAAGCAAGGGUAGGCCAGCCACGCGACAGGAGGGAGACAUCAGUGCUGAGGCAGCUGCUAUUUCUCUUGCUUUGCGAAAACAGGCUAAGGCCCUUGUUAAUGGCGAAGAGGUAGAUCUUGGUGAUGUGGAUGAUGAUGAGGGGGAAGAAGGGGGUUCCACGGAUGAAGAUGAGGAAGGGGAGGAAGAAGAUGAGGAAGAUGAAGAAGAAGAAGAAGACGAUGAUUUACCCGUCAGUAUCGCCACUACUGGCGGUAAAUUGGAUGACAAUAUGGAAUUAUUCUCUGCUCGUGAUGCCUCUGUGCGGAAAAGGGUAUCGGGCGAUACGCCUACUGGGACUGGAAAUGCUGAGAGAGACAUUUAUGAUUUUGACUCGCAAAGUAUCGUGUCUGAUAAGAGAUUGCAAGUAAUACGUAGACGGAUCUCAUCUGCUGCCCCACGUGCGGUGGGAGGUGUAUCCGCGGCAGUCAGUGGCGUGAGGCCUCGGGUCGCUACUCGUGCAUCUGCUGAGCCGGCCAGCAUAGAUCCCUCCGGUGCCAUGAGUGGGAGCUGGUCAUCUAAUAUAUACAGUGCGAUCGCCCCGUCUCUCAAAACCCGAUCAGAAUUGGAUAUGUAUUCUUCUUUUCUUAAGAAUGUUUGCUUGAACGCCGAAUUCGAUCAAAUUAUUGCUGAUUUGUGCAAACCGAGUGCUCAACACGCCGGAUUGUUUUUGGGUCCA